UUUUGCGGUAUCUUGUACGGAAGCUAUCAUCUGAGAAGUGGGGCAGACAAGGUACAGGCUGCUUUUCUCGAGGGGUUGAAGCGUUUGCGUGGUUGAAAGCCGCAGUUACGCCGCUCAUUCAAGCACCGACAUUUGAUAGAGGAGGUCGUGCAUUUGAGAUAGGAGAUCCUUAUCAUUGCUCCUGCCUUCUCCAUGAGUACCGGCAACCGUACCUGCGAUCCUGGUACAUACUCGAGAAAGAUAUUUUCUGCCCUCUUACAUACAACUGGUAGCGUAGAACUGCAUAAUUCCAUGCUUCAUGCUGCAGCUUCAGAAUCUCAUAGCCUGCCUGCAAAAAGCUCGGAUACAGCUCUAGACGUUGUGGUCCACUACAUCAAGCCUUUGAGUUGUGGAGGCCGUGAAUUGUCCGUAGUAGUGGUUGACCUUGCUAGACGAUUUGAUGUCCUAGCCUUGGCGCAGCAAGUUGAUGAGCAACAUCUGCAGGGCAGCCUGUCACGUCUGCACAUUGUGCACUGCCCGUGUCCAGAGGCACUGUUCUGCACAGUGGAGAAACUGAUGUUCAGUGUUGUGCCUAUUGCAUUGCUUGCUGUGUAUGCAGCCCCCAUGCAUCGAUGGCACAGCCCUCAAGCGAAUAUGCAGAUGGCACGCCUUCAAGAGCUGGCUGCUGCUCAUGGGGCCAGAUUCUAUGCAACGCCACCGACUGUGCGUCUUCGGAGCAGACAUUUUGCAUGUGAAUCCAGUAUCCCUGAUACGUAAAUAAGUGUUCUGAAGGAAACAGAAAGUGCCCUACUGCGGUAGGAUCUUGUUUAUAUCUUGUACAUGUUUGGUCUUUGUUUGGUUUCAGCUCACGUGCUCGACCAGAAGCCAGCUGUUGUCAUUGAACAGCUGGCUUCUGGCCAACUGGGUGAGCAGAAAGCGAACAUUCAAAGACUGAAUUUGCGUAAAUUCCAUCGCUGGACUUGUACUGUCAACGCAAUUCUUGUUUCCCAGGUGUUCAAUAUAAUAAAGUUUCUGCCCCUGUUAACAUCUAUUUGCAGCAUUUUACAAUAUGGCUGACAUGACUGACAGUAUUGUUACGUGCACUUCCCCUGCUUCUCUCAUUUCCCCCUGGCAGUGACACUUCCUAACAAUAUGUUUUAGCUUAUCUCUGUACAUACUAGAUAUUGCCCUUUGCAUCGUACUGGAUUAUUGAAAAUGUAGCCAGUCACAGUGGUCAAGCUAUUCUGUAACACAAAGCAUACCUAGAGUGAACAGAGAGCUGUUAUUGCUAUAACCAACCAUAACCGCUGGGAAGCAAUGUUUUUAUUCUGUUUCAGCGAGAACAUGCAUAAGAUACAAAAAUUUUUCUAUCAAAUUGUGUUUCGGCAAAGUGUCGCUAGGUGUCGCUACUAGUGCUGUUGCUGCUGUCCACAUCUAAUAUGCCAUUAUUCUUUGAAGGAAAAUCGUAUACGGACAAGCUAAAACUGUCACUGUCAGUUACACUUUAGCGAACUACCAACAAAACUUUCAACGAUAACUGUUAUACAUGGUCAGGAUAGGACUAUUUCAUCACUUCUGUUAAAGACUGCCAUGACAAUUCACGAUAUCUGCAUAGCACAUUGUAUAACUUGGCGAAGUAUAAUGUAACAUCUGUGGGAAAGAAAAAUGUGAUGACAGUGUAUAAAUUAGUAGUUUUUGUGCCACUGUCACAUGGCUACUUUCAAAUGUGAAUCUAAUUUUGAAACCAUAAUUGGCUUCCUCGUGUAGAUUGCACAAAUGAGUGUGCACCAUGUGAUGCUCAUAUUAGAUUUGAUUUCAGGAAAGUCUCUCCACCUACACGUUGUGUUAUUUUUGCCCUCAUCUGUUUCACAAUGCGAAAAGGCACUAUUAAAAUGACACACAGAAUAGAAGGAGGCAAGACGACGCACUUUUCUGUGUGUCGUUUUAAUCGUGCCUUUUCGCAUAAUUAAUCUAAACCAACUUGUCCAACUUUUUAUUGUUCAUCUGUUUUGACUGCAGCUGGAGUUCUACUGCAAGUUUUUAAAACAUUUUGCUGGAACCGAGCACUCGGAAAUUUUAAUGACCAAAUAAUUUAUUAGUGUGGUUCUGUCGUGUCGCUUUAUACCUCCAAAGUUAUCAUUUAUUUGAAAUAGCUGUUUCAAUGCUCAGAUAAAGUUUCUCCAUGAGCGUACUUGCCAAGGCCCGACAUGUCAUACAUGAAGACAAAGGUGGUAGGGAUGGAAACCUGUGAGGCGAAAAUAGUGUUGUCUAGAGCAAAGAAAUGCAAAAUUAUUUUACAGCAAAGCUGUUAUGCUCGAGGUUUGCCGUGUGUCGUAGAGAGAAAAUGUAGAUGUAGAUCCUAAAACUGGCUCACACCCACGCUCAUGAACUGGCACACUCUCUUCAUCCUCUUCUGUUUCGCUCCCGGAAUACCAUGCGCCGAUUUGUCCGGCGUAGGAUGCAAUAACUCUGAUGGGCGAGAGAACGAGUACAGAGAGAGAAAGAGGCAGAAAGAUAGAGAAAGAGAGCAAUUCUUGGGGAAAAAUAUUCCUGGCAAGGUGAGAUUCAAACCCCCCUCCCCAUCAACCGAACACAAGCGUUGUAACCACUUGGCUAUCCAGGCACGCUAACAGAGCAUAGCAUAGCCUUGUACAGUAUAGUAUAGUAUAACAGGGGGGGUGGGAAAGUGAAGUCAAAGAAAAGAGGGGAGAACGACUACAGAGAGAGAGAAAGAAAGACGAAAGAAGGGGAAGAGAGAAAACCAUAGAAAGAUAGAACAAGAAAUAGACAGAAAGAGAUAGAAAGACACAGACACACAAAAUAGAGCAAGCAUGGCCAUGCAUAGUAUAAUACUGCAAGGGGUGGGAAAGAGAGAGGUUAGAGGGUAAAAGCGUAGCAAAGUCAGGACCAGCUAGGUGCCCACCGGCUCAGCUGUGACCCAGUUUUGUGUGACUUAGUGCAAGCUGUGCUAAUUUUUUUCUGUGGCAAUGUAAUUUUUACGAGAAUUCAGGUUAUGGUUGUGUUCUGCAAUAUGUGCAAGAUCUUGUGUAGAAUCCUCUUUAAAAAAAAAAUACAUGCUAUCAAUUCUAUUGCUUCAAUAUAAAAAGCAAACAACUCAAUAUCAAGAGAGAGAAAAAAAGCAAUUUGUAAGCUGUGUUCUGUAUGCGAGGAGCUACAGUUAUUCAAUGUGCAAUAUUUGCCUUCAACGAGGGCUUGUAUGACUUGAACGUUGUGUUAAGUUAAGGCUACCCUGUCAAGAGUGUAAAUGCUGCACCACAUUUUCUACAAGAACUGUUCCUAUAAGGAAGUCUUUUGUGUCCGUUGGGAGGUUAGACUUCAGAGGUUACUCAGACUCUAUUGCUCUAGGGAGGAGAAAUUUUAUAUUUUGUUCAUCAACUGAACAGUAGACUAGCGGGAGUUCAGUAAUCUGCUCAGAACAUGAAGGGCUUUCUUUUUUUUAUUGCGCGUAGUUGUGUUGAAAUUUUCACAAGAUCGUGGGUUUGGGGGGGGGGGGGGGGGAGCGGCGUUGCAAGCAGGCACCUUGCAUAAUAUGCCCUUUCCUCGCUUCAGAUGGAGGAAUCCGACAGCAAAUAAAAUGCAAAUUAAGUAAUAACUUAAUUCAGAAAUUUGACUGCAUAACCUGGUGUAUGGAACUUCCAAUCGCCAAGUAAUAAUAAUUGCUGGGGUUUUAUGUCCAAAUCCACAAUGUGAUUAUGAGAGAUGCCGUAGUGGACGGCUCUAGAAAUUACUACCAAGUGGGGCUCUUUAAUGUGCACCUGGUGAAAACCAGGUGCAUGUAAUGUAAGCACACGGGCCCCUAGCAUUUUGCCUCCAUCGAAAUGGAGCUGCUGCAGUCGGGAUUUGAUCCAGUCACCUUUGGGUUGGCAGUCGAGCAACGUAACCACUAGACCACCAUGUUGCGUGAUCCGAUUCCCAAAAUGCAGACCGCUGUUUAUUCAGGCAAAAUUGGAGGUAUUCAGUCUGCAAAUUUUUUCCUGAAUAAUUUAAGUUAUCACACAACCAAGUUGCCGUUGUCUUCCAUAACAAAGAUCCAAUAGAACGAAGCAACAUAUUUUAAAAUACCAAUGUAUUCUUGCAAGAUUGUUUUCACCGAUUUGACAGAAGAAUGAUGAUAACUGCAGCAGCAGCAGGAAAUUAAGACUGAAUUCCUCACUUUUGAAUACAGCACUAGAAGCUGAAGCAUAAUAUUCAUUUCAAACUAUUUUCUUGUACAUUGGUUGUUUCAAAGUUUGCAAGGCUUGCCGAGUUACGUUUGGUUCUUCCAGAAUGCAACCUUUUCUAAUCAAUAGGCACUUUAGCACCUUCCAUGCGACGCUGAAUUCUUACCAAAAAAUCACCGGAUUAUUUUGUACACCCUUUGCCAAACCGCACAAAUAAAAUCACUUCUGCUUUUGCUGACCAAUUACAUAUGUGCUGC